AUGGGGAUCUAUACCAAAAAUGUGCACAAAGCUUCAAGACACACUAUGAGGGUAUUUAAUCAUGAAAAUGGUGUAUAUCAAGUGCUUACCCCGUACAACGACCAUAGUGGUGGAGGGGGAAACCAUAGUUGUGGAGGGGGAAACCAUAGUCAUGAAGUGCAUGUAUUUGCUAGAACAUGUGGUUGUGGAAAGUGGAAAAACAUUAAGAUCCCUUGUUCACAUGCAAUUAAAGUUCUUCAGAGUUUGCACCUCGAUGCAACCAGCUAUAUUGACCCAUGUUACAGUUUGGACAACGCCAUUCAUACAUAUGCACAUCAAUUUGUGGUGCUAAAGUCAGAGUCAUUGUGGAGGGAUGUUCGUAGACCACGAUGGGUGCCUGACCCAAAUCUGUUGCAGGCCAAAUUUUAUCCUGUGAAGUCAAUAAUAAGGAAUGAAAUGGAUGGGGGUACGGUGAGAACGGGGAAGCCAAAGGCAACAUUCGGACUUGAGGGAGAUUCAACCGAGGCAGCGAUGCGAAGUGUGUCAUGA